AUGCCGCAGAACCCGCUGGUAUACUUUGAAAUAGCACUGGACAAUCAGCCGAUCGGGAAGAUCGUGUUUGAGCUGUUUGCGCAUGUCGUCCCCAAGACCGCUGAGAACUUCCGGGCACUUUGCACUGGUGAACUGGGAAGGGGGAAGUCAGGGAAGAGGUUGAACUUCCUGGGAUGCGUCUUUCACCGCAUCAUCCCUGGCUUCAUGUGCCAAGGCGGGGACUUCACUGCAGGGAAUGGCACAGGAGGCGAAUCUAUCUAUGGUGCCAAGUUCAAGGAUGAAAACUUCCAGAUGAGGCACACAGAGAAAGGGCUCCUUUCUAUGGCCAACUCGGGUCCGAACACCAACGGCUCUCAGUUCUUCAUCACGGUCAAAGCAACUCCCCACUUGGAUGGCAAGCAUGUCGUGUUUGGGAAGGUCAUCUCAGGUUAUGAAGUGGUACAAAAGAUGGAGAAAUGCGGAACUCCCAGUGGCAAGACCUCGAAGAAGGUGACCAUCCAUUCUUGCGGCGAGGAGGCGGUUAACGAUGCUCCGAUGCCUUCGCAGCCACCUGCGAAGAAGCAGAAGACGAUUGGCGCAGGGGAGGUCCAGGUGCUUCACAUCAUUCGAAAGCACACGGGCUCCAGGCGACCCUCCUCUUGGCGGCAGGAUGUGAUCACGUGCUCCAAGGACGAGGCUGGGCAAUUCUUGGCCGAUCUGCGCCAGAAGCUGCAAGGUGGGGAUCUGGGCGUUUUUGGUAAGGGCCGCAUGCAGAAGGCCUUUGAGGAAGCUUCCUUUGCGCUUCAGGUCGGUGAGCUCUCUGACAUUGUCUCCACAGACUCAGGGGAGCAUCUGAUUUUGAGAAUCCAGUAA